CUUCUAAUCAGUUGUCCGGCUCUUCAACAACUAUGGGUUAACGGGUCACGAGAUUUGGUAAAUGUAAAAAUUAGUGGAACAAUUCUUGUAUUAAAAUACAUUGAAAUAAUUCUUUGUUUUUAGUGUUAAGUCCAUUGAGAUAAUACAUUCAUCUCUGGAAUUGUUUAGCUAUAUAGGUCCCGGAUUACUAUAAACUCAAUUAUCUUCUUAGGCUUGAAGAAAUUUCAAUUGGUGAAUGGCAAAUAAUGUGUUUGGGCAAAUAUCAUGUUGUAUUUCUCACCUUCAGAUCCUUACAUUCGACAUUUACCCUUCAGACUUCAGAGCUAAUCUGGAUGUAACCAGCCAAGAGAAGAAGAAAAUAAGGCGGAAGGUUAAGCAUCCCCAUGAACACUUUCAGGUGGUGGAAAUAGUGGGUUAUUAUGGUCGUACUAGCAAAGUUAAACGUGCUGUUUACUUCUUUGAAAACGCCAUUUCGUUCAAGAAAUUAAUUGUUGAUCCUCGUUUAUCAGGUUUUAGAACAAACAUAGAUUCUAAAUGACUAGUUAAAGGAUAGAAAGCUGCUAGAUCU